CGGGAGCUUGCCCCCUCCCCUGCCCCUGCCCCUGCCCCAGCCGGCUGGCUGGCUGGCUGGCCCCGGCAGCCGUAGCUGCGGGGCGCUGAGACCGUCCGUCCCACUCCCUGGCCCCGCAGCCCCAGACUUGCAAGGCUUGCAAGGCUCGCCCGCCCGGCCACGUCGGCAGCAGCUGUGGGACGGACGGACGGACAGACGGACGGACGAACGGACGGACGGCAGGAGGCAGCAGCUGUCGCGCGGCCACCACCCCCCGGACAUGGACAUGUCGCAGCUAAGUAAGAACCUGGGUGACUCCAGUCCCCCCGCCGCCGAGGGCCCCAAGCCGCCCGUCUAUAGCCGCCCCACGGUGCUGAUGCGUGCCCCGCCCGCCUCCUCGCGCGCUCCACCCGUCCCCUGGGACCCUCCGGCACCCGAGCUGCAGGCCACCCUGGGGGCCUGGCCCGCGCCGCAGCCUGCCUGGGACGCUCCGCAGGGCCAGCCCGCCCCGGGGGCCCCGCUGGUGCAGGCACCGCCCCUGGGGGGCCCGCUGGGCAAGCCCCCGACCCCCGGCGUCCUGAUGAUGCGCCCGCCCCCUCCGACGGCUCCUGGCGUGCUCAUGAUGCACCCUUCGGCGCCCGUGGCUCCUCUGGCACACCCCGGGCCUCCGGGCACCCCCCUGGGGCAUCCCGCACCUCCCGGCACCCCGAUGUCGCAGCCCACGGCGCCCGGAGUCCUGAUGGCACCCACCAUGACCCCUGGAGUCCUGAUGGUGCAGCCGCCGCCUCCCGCCGCCCUCAUGGCCCAACCGCCUCCGCCGGGGGCGCAGCUGGCCAAGCCCCCGCCGCAGGGGCCCGGAGUCCUCAUGAUCCACCCGCCGGGCCCCAGAGCGCCCCUGGCCCAGCCGGCUGCCUCCGGGGCACCCGUCGUGCAGCCCAGCGCCCCACCUGCACAAAUGGCCACGUGGGCACCCCAGGCCCAGCCUCUGAUCCUGCAGAUCCAGUCUCAGGUCAUCAGGGCGCCCACGCCGGUCCCCCAGGGGCCCCAGGGCCCGCCGGCACCGCUGGCUACACCCCCAGGUUGGCAGUCCGCAGCCCCCCCUUGGCAGGCUCCGCCGCAGGGCUGGCAGGCCGCGCCUCUGACCUGGCAGGCCACGCAGGUCACCUGGCAGGCGCCGACCAUCACCUGGCAGGCAGCGACCCCUGUGCGCCAGGGCCCACCGCCCAUCCGCCCCGGGCCGCCCCCCAUCCGCCCGGGGCCCCCGCCGGUCCGCCAGGGCCCACCGCCCAUUCGCCAGGCCCCGCAGCUGAUCCGCCAGGCCCCGCCGCCCAUACGGCCAGCCCCACAGGUCCUGGCCACGCCGCCACACCUGUGGCAAGUGCUGCCGCCGCCUCCACCCUUGCGCCAGGCCCCCCAGACGCGCCUGCCGGCGCCCCAGCUGCGAGCUGCCCCCCAGGUGCGAGCUGCCCCGCCGAUGCCCAUGCAGCAGGUGCCCAGCGUGCCGCCGGUGGCCCAGGUGACCGCCACGGCUCCCCCUGCGGGCCCACAGAUGCCCAUGCCACUGUCGGCACCCCGCGUGUCACACUGCCCGCCCGUCAUCUGGCAGGCGCCCAAGGGACAGCCCCCAGUGCCGCAAGAGCUCCCUGCCAACAUGGAGUUCCAGGACCUGCAGCCCGUGCCCCCCGGGGCCUGGCAGGUGCCCAAGGCCCCCAAUCAGUUCUGGCAGCAGGCGCCUGCCUCUGAGGUGCAGAGGCAGGGCCCGGCAAUGGCACCCAUGGAGCGGCCCUUUCCGGCGGGCCCGGGCCCCCAAAAGGCCUUCCAAGCCCAGUUGCCUCCGCAGCCAGCGCAGCACCCGGGCGCGCAAGCCGAUCUGCCUGCUCUGCAGCCUCAGCCCACCUGGCAGGGCUGCCCGACGGGGCCGCAAGGGCAGCAAGCAGCAGGCCCCAUAGUGGCGCCAAAUUUCCCCCCGGGUCCGGCUACGCCGCUCAUGACUCCGUCGGGGGAGCCCGGGGGGCCGCCGCCGCCUCCGCAGCCAGGAGACCGCAGGACCUCGUCCAAGGAACGUCGCACGACAUCCAGGGAGCGCAAGGCCCAGGCCAAGGAGCGCAUGAUCUUUGCCGCCACUUUCUGUGCUCCGCAGAGACCCAGCCGCGCGCCUGCAACACCCUCUGCCUGGCAAAACGUGCCGGGGGGGGCCUGCAGAGGCCUUUCCCACCGCAGCUGCCUCUGGCCCUCUACCUCCCAGGGCCAGCCUGCCCUGGCUCACGUGCUGGCAGCUCCGUCGGCCAUGCCCGAGGCCCCCACAUCACUGCCACACACCCUGCAAGACCCCUUUGCCAGCGCAGAGGCCCUGCCCUCAGGGCCCUGGGCGACCCAGCCUGGCGAGAGCCUGGCCCAGAUGGCAGCUAGCCUCCCGAUGUCCGACACAGAGGCAGCGCAGGUGCCCCAGGUGGUGGUGCCCCACGAAGCCGAGGCCUCCAAGGGCCCCGCCGAGCCUCCGAAGCGCUCCGGCAAAGCCACCAGGAAGAAGAAGCAUCUGAACAGCUGCGAGGACACCAGCGGGUUCUCAGCCCUGCGAGACUGGCCAGGCCGCAGGCCCUGGGACCAUCCCAACUGGAAUGACUGGGAGCUGCAAGCCCCCGUGCCUAUGCUGGGGAACUGGGAGGCCCCGAGCACCUGUACCCUGAGUGGCUGGGAAGGGCCCUUGACCUCCCGAAUCCUGGGCAGCUGGGAAGGCCACGGCACCACCUGGGCCCUGAGUGGCUGGGAGGGUCCUGGCCUGGUGCGAGCCCUGAGCCUCUGGGAAGGUCCCAGCACCUCCCAGUCCUACCGUCUUUCCGAGAUCCCCCAUCUCUCUCAGGGACUAGGGGCCAGCCCCCGCGAAGUCCACGCAGAGACACAGACCCUCUGCCCCUUGGAUGAGAGAGCCAACGCUUUGGUGCAGUUUCUCUUGGUCAAAGAUCAAGCUAAGGUGCCUAUUAAGCGCUCCGAGAUGGUGAAGUUCAUCAUCCGUGAGUACAAAGACGAGUGCCUGGAGAUCAUCAACCGUGCCAACCGGAAGCUUCAGUGCGUUUUUGGGUAUCAGCUGAAGGAGAUAGAUACCCAAAACCAUUCUUACGUCAUUACCAGCCGGCAGGAGGCUGUCCGGGCCGAGCAGGCGGCAGCGGCGGCGGCAGCGGCAAGAGCUGAGGCAGAGGCAGCGGCGGCAGUGGAGGCAGAGGCGGAGGCUGCGGCCGCACCACAAGUGGGACCACCAGAGGGUCCCGCUUUGGACAAGCCUAGGCUGGGCCUUCUCAUGGUGGUUCUGAGCCUCAUCUUCCUGAAAGGCAACUGUGUCCGGGAGGAGCUGAUCUUCAGCUUCCUGUACAAGCUGGGGCUAGAUGUCUGCGAGAAUCACACAGUGCUCGGGGACACCAAGCUGCUCAUCACGGAGGUGUUUGUCAGGCAGAGGUACCUCGAGUACAGGCGGGUCCCCUUCUCGGAGCCUGCUGAGUUCGAGAUCCUGUGGGGGCCCCGGGCCUUCCUGGAAACAAGCAAGAUGCUGGUGCUCAAAUUCCUGGCCAAACUCCACAAGAAAGAUCCCAGCUUCUGGUUCCGCCACUACCUGGAAGCCCUUUCCGAGUGCGACUGGGAAGACCCCAGUGAGGAUGGGCCCGACUCGGGCGACGAAGCCCAAAACUCGACCAGCAACCCCCCAUACCCCUAAAUGAUGCUUCUGGUGACUUGUGUGCCCC